AUGGCAUCAUUCUUUGAUAUCAAGGCCCGCAAAGCUGCGGCAGCAACCAAUGGUGGCUCCGAGCCGAAGCAGAACAAGGCCAGCGACGGCCGCAUUCAGCCCUGGGUCGAGAAAUAUCGUCCCAAGAGCCUCGACGAUGUCGCCGCCCAAGAACACACCGUCACCGUCCUGCAACGAACGCUACAGGCUGCCAACCUCCCUCACAUGCUCUUUUACGGCCCGCCCGGCACCGGAAAGACGUCGACCAUCCUCGCCCUCGCCAAGCAGCUCUACGGCCCCGAGAUGAUGAAGUCACGCGUUCUCGAGCUCAACGCCUCCGACGAACGCGGCAUCUCCAUUGUCCGCGACAAGGUCAAAAACUUUGCGCGCAUGCAGCUCACGAACCCACCAGCCGGCUACCGUGACAAGUACCCCUGCCCGCCCUUCAAGAUUAUCAUCCUCGACGAGGCCGACUCGAUGACGCAGGACGCCCAGAGCGCCCUGCGCCGUACCAUGGAGAUCUACAGCAAGAUCACCCGCUUCUGCCUCAUUUGCAACUACGUCACCCGCAUCAUCGACCCGCUGGCCAGUCGCUGCAGCAAGUUCCGCUUCAAGAGCCUGGACCAGGGCAGCGCCAAGAAGCGCCUCGAGGAGAUUGCCGCCGCCGAGUCUGUGCCGCUCGAGGACGGCGCCCUCGACGCCCUGAUUCGCUGUAGCGAGGGCGACUUGCGUAAAGCGGUCACCUUCCUGCAGAGUGCGGCUCGCCUGGUGGGUGCUGCUGUACAGCCCAAGGAUAGUGACGGCGAUGAGGCCAUGGAGGUGGACAAGAAGGCGGUGACGGUCAAGACUAUCGAGGAUAUUGCUGGUGUGAUUCCCGGCCAGACGAUAGAUGAGCUUAUUGCUGCUCUGCGUCCGCGUGGCUCAGGUGGCUCGUAUACUGGCGUCUCCAAGGUUGUAGAAGACAUGGUGGCCGACGGCUGGAGUGCUGGACAAAUUGUAUCCCAGCUGUACCAAGUCUUGGUAUUUGACGAAACGAUCCCCGAUGUACAAAAGAACAAGAUGGUCAUGGUUUUCUCCGAAGUGGACAAGCGGUUGUUGGAUGGGGCUGACGAGCAUCUAUCAAUUCUCGACUUAUCCAUGAGAACAUCUGCAAUCUUGGCUGAAAAAUAA